AUAGAGCAAUGGCAGAAAAAAUAUCAAGACAUAGAGAUUCAACUUAAAGAAGCAUUUAAACAGUUGCAAAAAGUACAACACCAAAAAGAAAAUAUUCAAGAGAAGAGAAAUGAUGGGCUUUUUGGUGGCGAUAUUGAUAAAAAUGUUAACAUUAACCAAUUAAAUAAUUUUCAAGAAGACAUGGAGGGUAAUCUGAAGCACAAAGAGGAUGAAAAAAAUAAAAAUUAAGAUAAUGGCUUGAAAAGAGAUGGUAGAAAUAAUGAGCACUGAAAUUAUCAGUGGUUAGUGAUGAUGCAGAAAAGAUUUAUCAGAUAAACAGAAAUAACUGAGAUAAAAAUAAUCUGAUUAAACAAUUAACUGUUGUUUGAAUAUAUCACCAAAAUUCUUAAUGGAAGGCAGACUUCAUAAGUUAAAUUUGGAAUGAACUGACAAGACAAAAAGAGAAGUUAUAUCAAAAAGGUAGUUUCUGAUAAUACCGUUACUUCUAAACAAAUCAAAACAGAAUUUUUGUUAAACCUCAAUAAUUUGACGUUAAAGGUUCAUUGUGAAGUUUUCCUAGGUAAGAACAUUUUAUAUAUGAAAGCAUGUCCCUAUUCAAAUUGUAAAACUUGUCAGUUAUUAAGAACUAUUUAAAAGUCAGUACCAUUUUUUUUCAUAUACUACAUUUUCCAUUAAAGUGCACAAACCAUUGAAUUUUCUAAGUAUCAUGAUUUGAUUGUCAUAACGUGAUUCUGAAAUGAUAUAUACAUGAGUAAUUGUGAGAAUUACACAUGGAAAAAAUCUUUUACUUGUAUAAUUUAUGUUAAGAUAUAUUUUUCAGUGUGUUCUGGAAUGGGAAAAUAAUAUAAAAAUUAACAUUAUUGCUUUGUGUGUUUCAAAUGUCUAAUAUAUUUUGUAAUUCUAAGUCUAAAACAUUUUUUUGUUUUUAUUUCAAUCCAACACUGAAUUAUUUAGCACAAUAGUGUAGAAAGAUGUUUUCUAACAUUGUGUGUGUGUGUUUUCUGUCUUAUUAAUUAUUUUGCACAUUUAAUUAUGAAAUUAAGUGAUAUUUUACAGAUGCAAUUCUGAAUACAAGUUGUCAUUGCAACAGAUAAACAUCAGGAUUACAAAUAUUUUAUCUGUAGAAUUGAGUUUAAGUGCUGACAAAUAAAUCCUGACAUGAUAGAAAACAUGGCUUGUAACCCUGCAUUAAAUGUUGUUACAGAUGUUCUCUAAACAAAAAUAUUAGUUUAUAUUUAGAAAGGCAGUUAUUUACAUUGACCAUAUGUGAUAACUUCAUUUUAUUUUGCUUUAGAUGUAUAACAAAUAGAUGAAUCAUAAUUGAGUAAAAAACAUCUAGACGUGCUUAGUAACAUCCAUACUAAAAGUUUUAGGUGAAAAUUCCAGAUGAUCAUCAGAAUUAUGCUUUCAAGAGACAUGACAAAUAUUUUCCCCAAAAUCAAUUUACUGUUGUUAAAAGAAAUCAAGAUCUACUGUGGGAAUCCGACAAUAGAGAAAAACAACACAAAGAAGGAGAAAAAAGAAAACAAGUGGAAACACCACACCAUUCUUCCAUGGAUUACUUUUUAAAAAAGAAUAUAUUUCCAGUGCACUCUAUUAAUAGCAACAGAGCUACCAAUGAGUACUGGUUGAAUGUUAUUCCCAAACCUCUUCUACUGAGACCCCGUAGUCAAGAUUUAAAAAUCAAUGAAAAACGCUGGACUUCAAAAUAUUUACCAGUACCUCAUUGGGUAAGAAAUAAUGGAAAAGGCAUGAAAAAACGUGAGAGUUUUCAGAGAGAAGUAAAUACUGAUAGUGGUCGACUCAUUCAUGAAAAUAAUUUGGAUCAUAGAUGGAGAGUAAGUUUAAAUCAGAAUAAUUUUAUUAUCCAAACUCCAUACAGCAACAAUGAGCAACAGAAUAAAGCAAUCCAUAGACUACACAGCAAUGUUGACAUAAAGAACGAUGUGACUCAAAAACUAUACAAUAAUGCUGGGUCACAGAAUUAUGUUUUGUCCCCAAAACCACACAACAAUGUUGAGGCACAGAAUGUUAUCCAACAAAGACCACAUAACAAUGUUGAGCCACAGAAUGAUGUCCCACAAAGACCACACAACAAUGCUGAGCCACAGAAUGAUGUCCCACAAAGAUCAUAUAACAAUGGUUUAAUACAGAGUAAAUUUGUGCUUCAAAGACCAUACAAUAAUGGUCAGUCUCAGAAGGAUGUUGUGAUCCAAGAACCAUAUAACAAUGAUCAGUCUCAAGACGAGUUUAUCCAAAAGCUAUACAACAGUGGUGGACUAAAGAAUAGUUUUGUGAUCCAAAAACCCUACAACAAUAAUCAGCCUCAGAAUGACAUGUUCCAAAAGCAAUAUAAUAAUAGUGGACCACAAAAAGAAAAAGUUAAAAUGAGCAAUAUAGAAAAACAUCAUCUUGAAAGCAAAGACAGAGAUCAUGACUACGAUUACAAUGGAGAUGGAAAUGAAGGUGAUGACCAAGAUUUAGGUGUUGUUGAUGACAAUAAUCAGUUGAUAGAUGGUAACCAAGAUGGACUUGAUCAUGGGAAAGUUUUUAAAGAUGCUGACUUUGAUGAUCAGUUACAAAACAAUGAGGAAGAUGAAGUUUCUCGGGAUCAGGCUGGACAUGACUAAGAUCAAGAAAUGUUCAGUGUAUAGGAAGACUUCUAUUGUCAAGCAACUCUAGGAUGUUACUUUGUAAAGAAAUUCUUAGAAGUUAUUUUUAAACUGUGCUAACUUGCACUCUGGGGCAAACAAUACAACCACAAGUGUUUUUUUUAUGCUCUUCAAAUGCUACAGACAGCUAAAUGAGGCAUAACUUAAGUUAGAAACAUGUAAUUAACAACUUUACAAAGUUUUCAUCACUGUUGAACUCCAUUUCUAUUACAAAAAAUACUAACCCUUAAGAUAUA